GAUUACGUUACCCUGUUGGUUUCCCUCCCUCCUCUGCUAUUUGCUCUGAUCUCUUUGCUCUUUCAUGGCUUUCAGACUCUCACUCACUUCCACUCCCAAUUUUCAAAUCUCAACCCCAAAACACCCUCGACAAUUACCUCUUCCUCUUCUGGGUUUUCAGUUAAAAUGUUGCUCCAAUUCCAUUUCGCGCUCAAAAGCGGGAGCAGUUCAUGCUGUUCAACAGGAGCAGGAGGUUCUCCAGUCCCCAGCUUCAGAUUCCAAUUCUGUUCCUUCUUCCUCGUCCAAGCUCGUUCUCGUCGUCGGUGGUACCGGCGGUGUUGGUCAGCUGGUAGUGGCUUCAUUGCUGGAUCGGAAUAUCAAGUCUCGCCUACUAUUGCGUGACACUGAGAAAGCAACUGCAUUAUUUGGUGAACAUGACCAAGAAACAUUGCAGGUAUUCAAAGGGGACACUCGCAACCCAGAAGAUCUAGAUCCAUCUAUAUUUGAGGGAGUCACACAUGUGAUUUGCUGCACUGGAACUACAGCCUUUCCCUCUAAGCGUUGGAGUGGGGAUAAUACACCAGAAAAAGUUGAUUGGGAGGGUGUGAGAAAUUUGGUAUCCGCACUGCCUCGGUCACUGAAGAGAAUUGUUCUUGUAUCAUCAGUUGGUGUAACCAAGUUCAAUGAACUGCCAUGGAGUGUUAUGAACCUCUUCGGUGUUCUCAAGUAUAAGAAGAUGGGGGAAGACGUUCUUUGUAAUUCUGGUCUACCAUUUACAAUAAUCAGGCCUGGUAGAUUGACAGAUGGACCUUACACAUCAUAUGAUCUUAAUACAUUGCUCAAAGCUACAGCUGGCCAACGACGUGCAGUCCUAAUAGGUCAAGGAGAUACACUAGUUGGAGAGGUUAGCAGACUUGUUGUUGCUGAAGCUUGCAUACAGGCGCUGGACAUAGAAUGCACUGAAGGAAAAAUAUUUGAAGUCAACUCAGUUGAGGGAGAAGGUCCCGGAAGCGAUCAGCAGAAGUGGCGGGAAUUAUUCAAAGCUGCCCAAGCACAAUAACUGGAUUCUUAAACUCUAUUUGGUGCAUCCAUAUGUACCAGUGAUACUGCUUUAUAACAAGAAUUACAAUAGUGAUUAAAAAAUGAGGGCACCUUUGUCACAGGAAGAGGGUCAGGUUACCUUGUUUAUCUAUACUGGAGUGGGUGAAUUGCCUACACACUGUAAAUAAUUACCCAGUAAUAUAUUUUUGUGUGUGUAACCACCCCCCCCC